GCAUCACCUGGAAUCAAUUUAAAACAGAAGACACCUCUCCUAAAGUCUCUUUGUCCCUUCCUUUUUUUUCCCCUCCAUAUCUGCAAACUAUCCUCCAUUUUCCUCUCUGAUAUGGGCAAAAUCAUAUCCAGACUUGCAUCGAGGUUCCUCCAUAAGCCUAGAGUGAGAAUCCUCAUGGUGGGACUUGAUUCCUCUGGGAAGACCACCAUUCUCUACAAGCUAAAGCUAGGAGAGAUCAUUACAACAAUACCUACCAUCGGAUUUAAUGUGGAGACGGUAGAGUUCAAAAACAAAAGCUUCAGUAUAUGGGAUGUGGGAGGACAAAGCAUGAUACGGCCACUGUGGAGACAUUAUUCCCAAAACAUCCAGGGUUUAAUCUUUGUGGUUGACAGCAAUGACAGAGAAAGAAUAGCUGAAGCGCGCAACGAGCUUCAUCGGAUUCUGAGUGAUAAUGAGCUCGACAAUGCAUCAGUACUUGUCUUCGCUAACAAGCAAGAUGUUAGAAAUUCUAUGACUGUAUCUGAGGUUGCUGAUAAACUUGGCCUGUACUCUCUCGGGCAGCGACCCUGGUACAUCCAGGCUACAUCUGCUAUCACUGGCGAAGGCCUCUAUGAAGGACUAGAUUGGCUUAGUAGCAAUAUCUCCAACAAGGAAGCAUAAAGCAUGUGCCAAUGAAGCCUGACCUAAUGAUUAAGGUGGACGAUCUGGUACCUUUAGGUCUUAGGUCUAAAAUUCAAGUCGCCUGGUACAAGUUAUUGUCCAACUCUAUGUUGGUUUGUAGUUUUAUUUAAUUGAUAUUUGCAUCGAAGUAAAGUAAGAAAGAAAGAAAAAAAAAAAAGAGUCAAAAAUUCA